AUCUGCAACUCAUCUUCGUUGGUCCCAGCUCACUUCAUCAUUGGGCUCGUCUGGAUUGACAGAACAAGGACCGUCCUGUUCCAAGUGUUGGAGACCAGGUGGGAGUACCUGCAUGCAGGGAACGCAGAAAAGUAGCUGAAGGUUUGAGGUUGAAAAACAUCAAUGGAGAACCAUCUCAGUUUUGAGGAGGGCAGUGACAUGUCCUAUGAGGACAAUGAGUCAGCCUUCCCUUCCCCAUUUACACUAAGUCCACCAGGCUUCAGUGAUGUCUACGACCUGGACAGGAGGAGGCAGGAGGAGGAGGGCAAUGAGCCUCUCAUGGAGCCCAUCGUCAUCCCCAGUAACUCAGAUGCCUUCCUGAACGUAAACACCAAUGCCACCACAAGAGGAGACGCUCAAGCCUAUGUGGAGCUGAAUGAGCUCCAGGGCAGCACCUGGCAGGAGACUUCCCGCUGGAUGGGCUUUGAGGAAAACUUCAACGCUACAAAAGGAGUUUGGAGUACCUCUCACGUCUCCUAUCUCACCUUCAAGAGCUUGAUCCAGCUCCGCAAGCUCAUGAGCACAGGUGCAUACCUCUUUGAUCUGAAUGCCAACAGUCUGUCUGCUGUGGCUGAAAAAGUGGCAGAUGAGCUUGUGGACAAUGGUAAUAUUCGUGCUGAUGAUCGCGAUGCUCUGCUCAGAGCUCUCCUCUUGAGACGCAGUCAAACUGGUGGACCUGGGGUUACAGCCUCUGGAGACAUUGAGAUGCAGACCUUUUCUGUAACUAAAAAGAGAGACUGCUCUGACAGCAUGGAGGCCUCAGUGGUCCUUUCAGGUGUACUGAGCUCCUUGGAGAAGCCAGUGGUGGCUUUUGUCAGACUACAGGACUCUGUGGUGAUGGAGUCUACCAUGGAGUGUUCUGUCCCUGUCCGCUUUGUCUUCGUCCUCAUGGGCCCCAGCCAGAAUGACAUGGACUACAGUGAAACCGGGCGUGCCAUGGGUGCUCUAAUGGCCGACUGGGUGUUCUCUCUGGAGGCUUUCUUGGCCACGACUGAGAAAGAGCUGACCAAUGCCAUUGCUGACUUCAUGGACUGCAGCAUUGUGAUCCCUCCCACUGAGAUCCAGGAUCAAGAAAUGCUGAAUCCAAUCAUCAGUUUCCAGAAGAAGAUGCUGGAGGACAGAGUGCGCCCCUCUGACACCCGUCUUUUCUUUGGUGACAGGGUCCAAGUUGAUGAAGCUGUAGAGGGUCCAAGGGAAGACCCUCUGGCCCGUACAGGCUAUCCUUUCGGUGGGAUGGUGAAAGACAUAAAGCGCCGUUAUCGCCACUACAUCAGCGACUACACAGAUGCUCUGAACCCUCAGGUCCUCGCUGCCGUCAUCUUCAUCUACUUCGCUGCCCUGUCACCUGCCAUCACUUUCGGAGGAUUAUUGGCUGACAAAACUAAUAAAAUGAUGGGAGUGUCAGAGCUCAUGAUCUCCACCAGUGUCCAGGGUAUCAUCUUCUGCCUCAUUGCCGCCCAGCCUGUCCUUGUCAUUGGCUUCUCAGGACCACUGCUGGUGUUUGAAGAAGCUUUUUAUGCUUUCUGCGAGACCCAGGGCAUGGAAUACAUUGUGGGUCGUAUCUGGGUGGGGAUGUGGCUGAUUGUGAUCGUGUUCAUCAUUGUGGCUGUGGAAGGCAGCUUCUUGGUCAGAUUCAUCUCACGCUUCACCCAAGAAAUCUUCUCCAUCCUCAUCUCUCUCAUCUUCAUCUAUGAGACCUUCAGCAAGCUCAUCAAGAUCUUCAAAGCCCACCCUCUGAUUCUGAACUACCAACAUCUGAAUGACACAGUGGACGACCCCUUCCACCCAGUCUUCAAGAUGGACAUCCACCCAGAGAGCAACGAAACCAUUCAUGUGGAGGUUGAAAGACCCUAUCCCAACACUGCCCUGCUGUCCAUGUGCCUUAUGUUCGGUUGUUUCUUCAUUGCAUAUUUCCUUCGCCAGUUCAAGAAUGGUCAUUAUCUCCCUGGCCCGAUCCGUCGUUUGAUUGGUGAUUUCGGUGUCCCGAUUGCCAUUUUCAUCAUGAUUGCUAUUGACAUCUGCAUUGAGGAUGCUUACACUCAGAAACUUGUUGUGCCAAAAGGUAUUGAGGUGACCAGCCCCACAGCCAGAGGGUGGUUCAUCAACCCCAUGGGAGAGAGGAAGGAAUUCCCUAUCUGGAUGAUGUUUGCGUCCUGUGUACCAGCACUGCUCGUCUUCAUCCUCAUCUUCCUCGAGUCCCAGAUUACAACGCUGAUUGUGAGCAAACCGGAGAGGAAGAUGGUGAAAGGAUCUGGUUUCCACUUUGAUCUGCUCCUCUUGGUCACCAUGGGGGGCAUCUCCUCUAUUUUUGGAGUGCCGUGGCUGAGCGCUGCGACCGUGCGAUCCGUCACCCAUGCCAACGCUCUCACUGUCAUGAGCAAGGGCCCAAAGCCAGAGAUUGAGAAGGUGGUUGAGCAGAGGAUCAGCGGCUUUCUCGUCGCCAUACUUGUUGGUGUUUCUAUCUUCAUGGAACCCCUUCUGAAGAUGAUUCCUAUGACCGCCCUGUUUGGCAUCUUCCUCUACAUGGGUAUCACCUCUCUGAGUGGAAUCCAGAUGUGGGACCGGAUGCUUCUGCUGAUCACGCCCAGGAAAUAUUUCCCCCCAGAUGCCUAUGCCAACAAAGUGAGCACAUUAAAGAUGCAUCUGUUCACGCUGAUCCAGAUUGUGUGCUUGGGCGUCCUGUGGAUGGUGAAGAUGAGUCCCUUCUCCCUGGCACUGCCUUUCAUUCUCAUUCUCACCAUCCCUCUGCGCAUGGUCAUGACUGGCACACUCUUUACAGUCAAGGAGAUGAAAUGUCUUGACGCAGAUGACGCCAAAGUCAACUUAGAGGAGGAACCUGGGACGGAUGUUUACAAUGAGUCCCCGCUGCCAUGAGCAACACCAUAGCAUUUCGUUAAGGUUUCAUUCAAAAACCAAUUAUCAAUGACUAUUUUUUGUAAAAGAAGAAGAAAUCAGAUAAACAAUCAUUUGCAGUUCACAACUGUUCAUUUAGUUUUAUGAGUGGUACCUUUAAGGAAGGUGCCACACAUUUUUAGGAUUAAUACAUUAUUCAUACAGCUAAAUAUGUAUUUGUGAUCAUGGACCACUUUAGAGAACCAAUAUUAGUCUACAUUGUCAUUGAGAUGUAUUACACAUCUUGAGUCCUCUCACAACUACAUCUUCUUUAUUUAAUUUAUAUAUUCCAUCUUCCACUUUAUUUCUUACUAAAGGUAUUGAUAUGGGGUGUUUAUGUACUUGAUCUUUCUUUUGAGCCAUUUAAAUUCUGGAAAUUAGGGUUAUUUUUCCCUUAUAAUGUGAGGUAAAAAUUAUUUUCGUGCAUAACUACUGCUUUUGAAAAUGAAUAUUCAGUGAUGCCAUAUUGUAGAUCACUCUGUUGUACUAGUGUAAUUUCACCAAAUCUUAUGCACACUAUUAAAAUUUAGCCAUUAGAUGUAUUCAGGUCUUUAUAUACACACACACAAAUCAAAGUUAAACAUUUUUACGUGGCUGUCACACCAGCCUGACCCCCAUGACCUUUACUUUGUUUAUCUUAAAUAUUUUAAAAUUGUGUUCCUCAGGUUUGCCUCAUCUU